AAUUCGUCUCUACACCAUCCCAUGAUUUAAUAUUAAUUCCAAACAAGAAUUAAUUAGCUUCAAAAGAAAACACACAAGUUUGAGAAAUGGAGAACAUUUUUUCAAUAUCAGCAAUUAGUCCUUCAUUAUUGGGCAAGAAAAUAGCUGAUGAUCUCAAUCAAUUUUUUUUUAUCAUAUUAAGGUGUACCAUUCUCAGCAUCCUAAGCACAUUUCAAGAUUUAUAUUCUUGUUUUUUUUUUACUCUCCGAGCACUAGUUCUAUUCUUCGUCACUCUCCGAAAGGCGUUGACUCGAGGUGAUCAUGAUAAUAAUCCUCCUGAUGUUAAGAAUUCAUCAAACACCUUGAAAAAUUGUGGACAUGAUGAAAAUCGCGAUAUUUUUGAGGUAGUAAUUAUGGAUAAACUAAUUAGUUUAUGCAAUUCAAAUGGGAAUAAAAUUGAGGAUAAAACAGAGUUGGCUGAGGUUUCGAGUUUAUUUGAGGAAGUAGAACCUAGUUUUGAAGAAAUUAAGGAAGCUUUCGAUGUGUUUGAUGAAAAUGGAGAUGGAUAUAUUGAUGCAAGUGAGUUAAUGAAAUUAAUUUGGAGAAUGGGUUUCUCCGAAUUUUCGAUGAAGGAUUGUAAGAAGAUGAUUAUAGCCUUUGAUGAAAACAGAGAUGGAAGAAUUGAUUUUCAUGAAUUUUUGAAGCUCAUGGAACAGAGCUUUCGGGAUCCUGAGAAGAGUUAGACUGAGUUUUUUUUAUUUUUAUUUUUAUACCUUACUUCUAUUAAGUACUACUACUACUACUAUCAUAAAGUAUCCAUACCAAAAGGUGUAAAUCCAUUAACAAUGUUGUCAUG